AUGAAAAUUAUCUUAACCGGGUCUACGGGUUUUAUUGGGGGUGAAGUUCUCUCCCAGUGCCUGGCGAGUGAAUCUAUCAGAUCAAUAGUUGUGCUCUCUCGCCGUGAUCUUCCACCUGCCAUUGCGAAUCACACCAAAAUAGAAGUGGUGAUCAUGAACGACUUUCUGAACUAUCAGGACUCUGUAAUAAACCAGCUUCAAGGUGCACAGGCAUGCAUAUGGUCGCUAGGGAAAGCACGGAUGCCUGACAAUGACGCCGUGCGCAAAGUCAGCAUCGACUAUACUAUGGCCGCUAUAAAAGUUAUUAGCCAGCUCCAGAACAAUAAGGAUGACAGUAUAUUUCGCUUUAUCUAUCUUAGUGGCGGGUUAGUGGAGCGAGACCCGCUAAAACCUCUUUGGUUUAAUCAGGACUAUCGACGAAUCCGAGGCGAGGCGGAAAAUGCUCUCCUUAAACACGCCGAGAAGAGUCAAAGGGCCUUCGAGUCUUACAUUAUGCGACCGGGAAUGGUACUCACCAAACAGCGAACCAUAGGAGACUUUAUUCGGGGUUUGGCACCCUCUGUGAAAGUAGACGUCCUAGCGAAGGCAAUGGUAGAAAUAGCAUUGCAUGGGAACCAAAGCCGGAUCUUUGAGAAUUCAACCAUCAGUGAGAUAUAUGGCUGA